UAAUAGCGGAUCUUAUGUGAGUGAGCUUGUUCUGUUUCUUCGGAAGACGAAUCUGUGAUGUAGCUUCCGCGGCGUUUACGAGAGCAGGAGGACAAAAACGUUAAGAUUCCUAAAUAUGUCCUUUCAUGAUAAGUGUUUGUCAUUAGUUUUGUUCUCUUCCGAGCAGAGAAAGACUUUUUCUCUCCGAGUUCUAGAUGAUGCCUCGUUCAUUUUUGCGGUCGAAUUACCUGUUGACUUUUUGUCCGGUGGCACUUUGGUGGCUGGAAAAAUCAAAGUGUAUUUCGGCGGUUUGACCUCUGAUUUGUCAAACCCGCGACUCAGCAGGAGAGACUGUGAACGCAACGGUUUGACCUGGUUUUGCUAACAGCUUGAGCGCCACUUUGCAGCCAAAUGGAUUGGAGACCUGAAUAGGAUACGUGGACGCACCAGAGGGCAAGGAGAUGAAUGCUAAAUCAUCCGGGUUGAUCAUCGGGCUUUCGGUAGGGGUUGUGAUCGGAGUGGUUUUGGCCAUUUUGGCGCUCUUUUGCAUUAGAUACCAGAGGAAGCGGUCUCAGAUAGGGAACAGCAGUUCCAGGAGGGCUGCGACUAUCCCGAUUCGAGCAAAUGGGGCUGAUGCUUGUACUAUACUGUCAGACUCGACAAUUGGUCCAGAAUCACCCGUGAAAUCUGGACGCAAUGGCAUGUCCAUGUGGCUUGACGGAUUUAAGAAGAGUAGCAUGGUGUCUUUCUCUGGAAUACCCGAGUAUUCUUACAAAGACCUGCAGAAAGCAACCUGCAAUUUCACGACACUCAUUGGGCAAGGAGCCUUUGGUCCUGUUUACAAAGCUCAAAUGUCAACCGGAGAGACAGUUGCUGUCAAAGUGCUUGCCACUGAUUCCGAGCAAGGGGAGAGAGAAUUCCAGACAGAGGUUAAGUUAUUGGGAAGGUUGCAUCAUAGGAAUCUUGUGAAUUUGGUUGGUUAUUGCGCAGAAAAGGGCCAGCAUAUGCUUGUAUAUGUCUAUAUGAGUAAAGGCAGCUUGGCCUCUCACCUGUAUGGUGAUAUCAAGGAAUCAUUGAGCUGGGACUUGAGGGUCUAUAUUGCCCUAGAUGUGGCAAGGGGUUUGGAGUAUCUUCAUGAUGGGGCAGUUCCUCCCGUAAUCCACAGGGAUAUCAAGUCCUCCAAUAUUCUCUUGGACCAGACCAUGAGAGCAAGGGUCGCUGACUUUGGACUUUCAAGAGAGGAGAUGGUAGACAAAAAUGCUGCUAAUAUACGAGGAACUUUUGGGUACCUUGAUCCCGAGUACAUUUCCACAAAGGCUUUUACGAAGAAAAGUGAUGUUUAUAGUUUUGGAGUUCUGUUAUUUGAGCUAAUAGCUGGCAGAAAUCCCCAGCAGGGUCUCAUGGAAUACGUUGAGCUUGCGGCCAUGAAUUCUGAAGGAAAAGUUGGGUGGGAGGAAAUUGUGGACUCUGGCUUGGAAGGGAAAUUUGAUCUGCAAGAGCUCAAUGAUGUGGCAGCUCUGGCAUACAAAUGCAUCAAUCGCGUGCCAAGAAGACGACCUUCCAUGAGAGACAUUGUACAGGUUUUGUCUCGGAUCCUGAAGUUAAGGCACAGUAGAAAGCAUCACAGGAAGUCUCUCUCCGCCGCCACCGAUGAAGCUGCAAUCGAUAUCGACCAACAAGAAAGUAGGACUCCAACCAGCAACCACCGGAGAGAGGAGUCUGUGGACAGUACAGCCGACACGUUUGACAUCUAAAUGAACAGUUCUGCCAUUUGUUCAUUUUUUGUCUUUUUUUUUUUUUCCUGUGUUUUCAUCUUGCUUUCGGUUUCGGUUUUGCUUUUGCUUUUGCUUUUGUGACAUCUAUACAGUGGGAAAGAAGAUAGGAGGCAGGGCAGAUCUUCCCCAAUGCCAGCAUUUCGCUUCUUCGAGUAACGAAGUAGGUCUCGCAGCUAAUGUCAUGUAACAUAUUCUGCUCACUUCAUUUUCGACCCUCGAUCUCUCGACUGGGUGACUGCAGCCAUCUGAUUCUGUACAUUGGUCGUGCAAAGAGGGACUGAAUGUAAAUGUCUUUUAUCUCCAGUUGUUAAAUCUCCCUCUUUCGUUCA